AAGCGCGCGCGCAUAAACCAGUGUACGCGAAACCGGCGUAGUGCGCACGAGUGUCUUAACGAUUUUUUAAUCACAAUCGAAUUUUAAGAGUUCUGUUUCUUCGAGAAUAUGACUGUGGCUACGGUGCCGUAUGACACGAUGUCUACCACAUCGGCGCGGUCGGAGUCGCUGUUCACCAAGUGCUGUUGCUGCAUCCCUCUCAGAACUGGCUGCUUCAUAUUAGGUUACUUAAAUCUUGUUUUCAAUACAUUCCACACCCUAGCUCUUCUAACCCUGACCACCUACAUCGGAAUCUCCACCCAUGGGUUCGACCACUUCGAUGGUGAACGUCCCAGGGAGAUAGCUGAUCAGGUCCCUGGUGUCGAGUCUGUAGAGAAACCGUUCCUUAAUCAGAUUGGCAUCCUUCUGAUGGUGGUGCUGUGUGCCAAUGUUGCCUGGCUCAUGAUUAAUGUGGCUUGUUUGGUUGGACUACAUAAGAAACGCCCAGGCCCCAUCAGGAUCUACGUUGGCUUCGCUACUGGUCGUCUGCUGCUGUCCCUAGCGGGCUUCGUCUACCUCGUCAUGACUUCCAGUGCCAACACCCAUACCAUUGUCUCUCACAGUGCUGAUAUUGGUCUGGCUGCCUAUUUCAUCUUGGUUUACUACAUCUACGCUGUGCAACUUGAGAGGGAAUUAGAAGACCGACCUGAGAAACCAGAAAUCACCAACGACAUUGCCUUCAUAUAUCCCACCAAGAUCGACAAACAAAAUCUGGUCAUUGCUUAGACAUAAGAUGCCUUCCUUAGUAGGUUUUACGUGGGUGAUAUUUUAAUUUAAACCUGAUAUUAAUAAAUCCUGCUAUUUACAUUACGUUUUGUAACGACUUAACCUCCAAAUACUUUCAAGUGUCAUAUUGUUAUUAAUUUUAAUAUUCGAAAUCAUUUUGUAUAUUUUUUCACGUUUCAUUGUUUCGUUCCUCAUGUCUUUUUGGCAGUUAUAUAUUUUUGGGGUUAAAGUCAGCACUUUUCUAAUUACAUUUCCGAAAACAAUUUGUUUCGGUUUUAUUUAUUUAUUUAUUUGUUGCAUGUCACAUGUUUUUUUUGUUUAUGUACUAAAUUGACUGAUGUUACUUAUUGUGAUACAUAUUUCGAAUUAAAUUGAUUUUUAGGCAUUAUUUAGUUAAAUGUUAGGCAGCAUUUUAGGUGGUAAUAAUAUUUUCAUUAUUUGGUUUUCAACGAUAUAUCCUUUUAAUUCAACUAUUAUUCGAUUUCAUCUUUAUAUAUGUGUCGUUUAACUUAAUCUUAUUGUUUUUGCGUUUUAUCCUUACAUUAUAAAGUUGCGUUAUAAAGUCAGUCAGAAAUGUUUGUAAUAUUGUUAAAACGUACCUAUUUUAUGUGUUUAAUGGAAACAGUAUUUCAAUUUCAAAGGACUUAUUAAUUAUGUAAUUAAUAAUUUAUUUGAAUCUCAAUUUCAUAAGGUGAUUAUAAAGCAUUUUUGCGUUCCAAAGGGACUGAAUAGGAAUGUAGUAGAUAUAUUUUAUGUGAAAAUAAAUAUUGAUUAAUA